AGGGAUUAAUGUCUGGACCGGAGAACAGCUGGAUUUGUUGUGGAAACCUGGAUCACGGCUGACCAGAUUUGGUCUGGAUGAUCAGCAGUUCUGUGACCAGGAGAGGAGCUCCAGUCUCAACCAGGAGGACCCAGAGCCUCUACAGACUAAAGAGGAACAGGAGGAAAUCUCCACCAAUCAGGAAGGAGAGCAGCUUGCACUGAAGCAGGAGGAUGAAGGGAUUAAUGUCUGGACCGGAGAACAGCUGGAUUUGUUGUGGAAACCUGGAUCACGGCUGACCAGAUUUGAUCUCCCACAGCAACAUGAUUGUAAGGAAAAUGAGGAUCUGGAUGACCCGCAGGUCUGUAGCCAGGAAAGGAACUCCAGUCUGGACCAGCAGAACACAGAUCCUCCACAGACUAAAGAGGAACAGGAGGAAAUCUCCACCAAUCAGGAAGGAGAGCAGCUUGCACUGAAGCAGGAAACCAAAGGCAUCAUCAUCUGGACCGGGCAGGAGCUGGGCAUCAUGUGGAACCCUGAAGUAAAGUUGCACAGAAUAGAUUUUCCACAACAUGACUGUAAGGAUGUGGAGGGGCUCACAAAUCAGCAGGUCUGUAACCAGGAGAAGAACUCCAGUUUAGGCCAGGAGGAUCCUUCACAGAUUAAAGGGGAACAGGAGGAACUCAGUACCACUGAAGAGGAAAAACCGCUUGUACUAAUGCAGGAGACUGCAAAUUUUCCAUCUCGUGAAAAAAGUGACCACAGUGAAUCAGAACCAUGCUGUGACCAGUGCCUUUCUCACAACUCUUCUGACACAGAUGAGGAUGAAAGCAAGGAUGGUAACUCACACAGAAAUAAGUCGGAGCAAAUCGUAUCAGGCUUGUCAGUUCAAAAUUCCAAGACAGCUAAGUUAUGUAGAACCUGUGGGAAAAGAUUUAUUUGGAAGUCAGACUUAACUAAACACAUGCGAAUUCACACAGGCGAGAAGCCACAUUGCUGUAGUAGUUGUGGGAAAAGAUUUACUAGGAAGAGUCACUUGAAUAUGCACAUGCAAAUUCACACAGGUGAUAAGCCACAUUGCUGUAGCACCUGUGGGAAAAGAUUUACUAGGAAGAGUCACUUGAAGAGACACAUGCAAAUUCACACAGGUGAUAAGCCACAUUGCUGUAGUAGUUGUGGGAAAAGAUUUCAUGUAAAAUCAAAUUUGAAAACACACAUGCGAAUUCACACAGGCGAGAAGCCACAUUGCUGUAGCACCUGUGGGAAAAGAUUUACUGUGAAGGGUCAUUUGAAUAUGCACAUGCGAAUUCACACAGGCGAGAAGCCACAUUGCUGUAGUAGUUGUGGGAAAAGAUUUCAUGUAAAAUCUAAUUUGAAUAUGCACAUGCGAAUUCACACAGGCGAGAAGCCACAUUGCUGUAGCACCUGUGGGAAAAGAUUUACUAGGAAGAGUCACUUGAAUAUACACAUGCGAAUUCACACAGGUGAGAAGCCACAUUCUGUAUUACUUUAG